AUGUCGAGACAGUGGAGGGAACUGAAUUUCUGGCCGGAAAAAGAUCUGGUCACCUUUUUCUCUCCAUCUGAUUUUUACAGUAAAUUCCCCUCUACACGAGUACUAAUUGAUGGAACAGAAAUUCCUGUAAAGAAACCUAAACCCCCCAUUGCCCAGCAAGCAACCUUCUCUACGUAUAAAAAUAGAAAUACUGUCAAAGUACUCGUAGGCUCAACUCCAGGGGGUUUAAUUUCAUAUGUGUCACCUGCUUAUGGAGGGUCUGCUAGUGACAGACAGCUUGUUGAACGGAGUCCUUUGUUAAGUGCUGACUUAUUUGAACCUGGCGAUUCUCUUAUGGCAGACAAGGGAUUCAAUGUACAAGAUUUAUUUGCUCCCAAAGACGUAACCGUAAACAUUCCAUCAUUUUUUAAACAAAAAAACAGAAUGUCUGGAAAGACAGUUUUGCGUGAUCGCAAAAUCUCUAGCAAAAGAGUUCAUAUUGAGCGGCUGAUAGGGUUAGGAAAGACAUACAAAAUUCUGAAAACACCCUUAAAUACAACCGAGACAAAAUUGGCCAGUGAAAUUUUAUUUGUAUGUUUCACACUGUGUAAUUUCAAAAAAUGCAUUGUUCCCAAACAUGCAUAA